UUUGUAAAAUAUGCGAUCGAGUCAAAUUUCCAUUAGUUUUGACUUUUUUUGCUGGAUUCAGUUAUUCAAGUCAAGAUGAAAAAGGAAGAGAUCGUAGUCCUUGUCUAAAAAUCAAGGACUGGCCACCUAAUGAAGACUUUGCUAAAGCAUUCCCUCUGCAUUUUAAUGAUUUUAUGUUUGCUCUGCCUUUCAAACGAUACACGCAUCGUAAUGGAUCUUUUAAUCUUUCUGCUCGGCUUCCUCCUAAGACGAAUCCUCCUGACCUCGGGCCUAAAAUGUACAAUGCUUAUGGUUCAACUGAUGAAAUUGGAGGAAAAGGAACAACAAAUCUCCACCUCGACAUGACCGAUGCUGUUAAUCUUAUGGCCUAUGCCACACCUCCUGAGCAACGUUCCAAAUACGAACGACAAUUCUUACAUGCAGCUGUUUGGGACAUUUAUAAGAUGGAUGAUCUUCCAUUGCUGUGUAAAUUUUUACGAAAAGUGGCAAGAGAACGAGAGAUUGUAAUUGAUCACCCAAUUCAUGAUCAAU